AUGGAAACAGACACCACCAACGACUCGCGGAUCUCGACAGCCGAGCAACUGGCAUACUGGAACCAGAUCUCGGCCGACGACGACGGCAUGCUCGGCGGGUACCCGCAAGUAUCGCGAAUCGACAUUCAAUUCUCGCGGACCUUUGUGGGUAAGCUGCGCCGCCUCUACCCUCCGACAACGCCACCCGAUGAGAAGCGACGCACGUCCAAGUACGCUUUCGCGAGAGGUCUCGAGACCGGAGCCGGUAUAGGGCGUGUGACCUUCAACCUUCUCUCGACGCUCUGCGAGCAAAUCGACAUAAUAGAGCCCAUUGAGAAGUUCACCGACGUGCUCACGGCUCCGGACUCGACGCUCGUCAGGUCGGGCCAGCUGCGACGCGUCUACAACGUCCCCUUGCAAGAGUGGACGGCCGCGACGACUCCGUCAUGGCAAUCAGCCCUCAACGUGCAGGCGGACGCGGACAUGGAUCUCUCCGCUACCAGUAGCCAGGGACGGUACGACCUGAUCUGGAAUCAAUGGUGUCUCAGCCACCUGUCGUCCGAAGCGCUGGUGCGGUAUUUCGCCAGCUUGAUCCCGCUCCUCGCGCCCGACGGCUGGAUCAUCGCCAAGGAGAACCUGUCAACAGACGCCUUUGGAAAAGACAUCUAUUACGAAGAGGACAGCAGCGUCACGCGCAGCGAUCAGAAUUGGCGCGCCGCGUUCGAGAAGGCCGGCUUGCACAUCGUAAAGACUCAGCUGCAGACGGGAUUUCCGAAGGAACUGGGCUUGUUACCCGUGAGGAUAUAUGCCAUGAGACCGAAAUAG